GACUGUUAGGAGACUCUUCUGUGACCGGCUGCGACCCACUGCUUGUUCAGGCCGUAGUCACUGCAUCCGAAAACUUCCUUCCUCCUUCAUUCUCCUUCUCUUCUUCCUCUUCUAUAUCCAUCGGGACCAGCACCAUGGACAGCUCCGGGCUGCUCCGGGGGCUGCUCUUCCUCGGCCUGCUCUCCGUCCUGUGUCACGGCCAGGCGUCCCAGGAAGUGUCUGCUGAGGACUUUACUGUGGACAAACCCGAACCAGCCGCAGACAGAGACCUGAUUGAUGCAUUGGAGACUCUGCUGGGCAGGAUGCAUAAUCGGAUUUCCUACGAGAAAAGAGGAAGUAUCCCCCUGUGUGGAAUGGGUGACCGCUGUGCCAUGAAGUAUGGGCCGCGCAUCGGGAAGCUCUGUGACUGUGGAAGAGGAGCCAACUGCAACUCUUACUUACUCAAGUGCAUCUGACUUUUCACUUUUCAUUUGACACUCAACCUUAUUUUAGCAGGACCAAAAAAAACCCCAAAAACCAACUGUCAUCUUACGGCGGAGUCUUGAGUCAUGAUUCAAAGAUCUCAUUAAUGUCUAGCCGAUGCUUUAGAAGGUUAUAGGAUAUGCAUGGAGUUUUGUAUCCCUGAAUGCCUCUGUGUCUUUCUUCAGCAUGUAAAGUCUAAUAUUAAAUAAACAGAUUUGUUCACACAUUGA